UAGAUAAUUAGUAAUAGGUGCAUUAUUCGUUACAAACUCUUUCUUUUGAAAGCAAUUUUAAAAAAUUGUGUAUAACUAUUUUAUUUGUCAUGUUGUUCGCGCGCUUUUAAUUUAAUGUAUUUACGAUUGACAUGAUACGUGUUUAUACGUACUUAUGUAGUUUACAUUUCGUAUUUUGUAAAAGGAAAAGGUGAUUGAAGACGAAAAUGAUUAAUCUCGAAAGAGAAAAAGGGAGGAAUAACUUUUCGAAAUAUCGAAUUUCGUGCAAUGAAUAAAUUAUAAUCGGUAGAACGAGUAAUUAAAGGGAAUUUUUUUAUUAAUAAUCUUGAUUCUGGCGCUGAUUUUUAAUCGUAUGUGUGCCUUGCUUCUUUCCUAGUUACGAUUAGGUGUCAAACUCGCAACUAAUAUUCGCAUUUCGCACCCGCGUCCCCGACGUUCCGCGAAUGUAUGGGCAGAAUUCUAAUGAAAGAAACUCUCAUAAAUAUGUAAUUGUAGAUUACGAAGUCACAAACACGAGCGACAUUAAGGGUUAUCUUUAAUUCUUAAUUAGUUUUGGAAAUAUGAUGUUUGCUUAAACCCUAGUGAUAGCGAAAUAUGAAUCUAUAUAAAAAAAAAAUAUUAUUGGAAAUAUAUGUUUCGUAAAAAGCUUAGCUAAACAUGACAUUUUUUAAUGCACAUUUUAACUGACAUUUUUUUAAUGCAUAUACGUUUCAUACUACAUAAAUUAUGUUAUUUGCUGGGAAUAUUGGUGACAUGAUACUGUUACAACAUUCGUUUUAACAAUUUUAAAGCAAAUGUGCGUGCAUCCUGCGUAAAACUGUACGAUGAACCUUCUGUGUAUUAUCGCAUAUGUGUAUAGUCGAGCAACUCGGAGUGCCAGAUAUAUAUGUAAUGUUUAGGAGACCUUUGAAAACGUAGAAUUAAUUUAAUCAGUUGAAGCCAGAUUAUUAUACAUUUCGAUUAAAGUAAUGGUAGUAUGAGAGACUCGUGAAUAAAGAUUAAGGGAGAGAAUGCAUGAUUUUGUACGCAUGAGUGAGAGAAUAUAAUUAACAAUGGAUGAAAGGAGACAGAAAUAUGUUUCGCGCCGCCACCACGAGGUGUCAGCAUUGUAUACGGCUCGCUCGCUAGCGGCCACCAUUGUUGAAAUUCUGCUUUGGUUGAUGCCCCGACGAUUUUUUGACCAAAAAUCGUAAAUUCGCCAGCCCCUGGCAAGGGCCCUGUGCGGAAGGGCCAUACAUUUUUGGAGUUGCGCCAAAAUGGGCGCUGUCAAAUAAUUUCAUGCAGUGGAACUACAUGCAAGAAUUGGUAGCACAUGGUGGUAUGCCAGAUGUAUAUGGUUCAUGUCACAAAGAAGGAAACAUAAGCGCAUCAGAUUUAGACUUAACAUAUGUUAAUCAAUUUAUAAACUUCUUACAACCAAUAAAUAGGAAUGGAGUAGCCAAUUCUGAUAUACAGAAGGGAACAGUUGGUAAAUGCUUAUCAGAAUUUCCAGAAGUUGUGCUUAAAAAUUGCAAGGAAAGUUAUAGUACCUGUCACAGUGGCGAUAGUGAAGUAAAAGCAACUAAUUUAUUGAAUACUAACAAAUCCGCAACCACCUGCUCGCUGUGCAAAGAGAAAAGUGAACAUUUUCCUGACGCCAAGGAGUUUGACCAUUGUCACAAAAUCACCGACUGUUUUUCGUCUUUGUCGGAACCAUCGAUACAAAAUAUCACUCACUACCAGACUCUGUCAAAAAUCUUGGAACAGUAUAAAAACAGUUGUAACCUUUGUGUUCCUGAGGAAGACAAACCGUUGAAUUUAGUAAAAAAUCUGGAGGAUAAUAAAGGCCGCUGCAACAAGGAGAGCGAAGAUAAGAAGAAACUGUGCAAUUACCCGGAUGUGAAACGGGACUGUGCCGUUUCGGAUCGAACAAAUCAUUCCUGUAACACAGAGAGUUGUUACAAUCCGAGGUACAAGGGGAUAGACUAUGGUUUAUUGAAAUUCUCGGAUCUAAACUCAUCGCGUGAUUUAAAAACUGACAGAACGCUACUUAAAUCUUCGAGGGAUAAAUUAUGUAAAAACUCCGUAGUGAAGUCAGACUGUAUACUAAACAAAUAUUUGAAGCAAGAAAGUACUCCUAUCUUUGAUAAAUGUACGAAUGACAAAACAUCUUCGUCUUUAUGUGAGAAAAAAAAUAAUGCUGUUUCGUUUCCACAUUCAUCUCUGAAUGUCAAAGACGCGAGUAUUAAAAGUGAAUCUUGUUCAGAGGAACAAACAAACAGGUCGAAGCACACGUAUUUUACGAAUACUUGCAAACCGACAUUAACUAACUUCGAGGAUUUCGAAAUGUCAGGACAAUAUCCGGGUCAUAGCCGACCUCCGGUUGGAACGCCUCCGCCACAGACAGUUUGGAAUCAUCUUACAAUGACGCAGGGUCAAGUUUCAGGCUUGAAUAUUCAUCCAACGGCUUUAUCGGGUGCGGCGUUGAGUUCUGCUGGAUUUUAUACGCAUCCAUCCAUGGCAAGAGCAUCUCACCUAACGUCGCAGCUCACACCACAACUUGCGCAUACUCAAGCACCCCCGACGUGGCACACGCCGACUGUUCCAUCGAAAAGUGUUACUCCGUCUAACGCACCGGGAAAUCCAUUGUUCAGUUUACAAAUGCUGGUAGACAACAGACAGAACCAAAGUCAGUAUCGAAACUCACCUGGCUCGCAAAACACAUUAGAUUUAUCUUCGACGUCUGAAAUUAUCCCCGAGAAUUACUCUCGGAUACCUCAAGACAUCCCGAUCAGCUUAACGGCGAGAAACGUAGAUAAAGGUAGCAGAAAUGGAAAUAUUAUUUCUCCCCCGAUACCUUUAAACGGAGAAACCUCGUCGGACAGCGGAAUCAGUUCGUCGGUACCAACGCCUAAUUCCGUUGGUGAACCAGUUUCGCUCUCGACUAAAGAGGUAACAACACCUAAGAUAACGGUAAAAAACUUUGAAAGCAAUUUGAAAGGAGUGGCAAAUAUUCAUGAUAAGAUCAAGGAAAUAAACGUAGAUAACUUUGCGCAAAAAGUUAUAAACUUACCACCGAGUGUAACGAUCGAGAGGGUAAUACCGGAUAAGAAAGAACCCGAAGUCGCGAAAAAUAAGGAUACGUUAAGCGUUAUUGCACAAGUGCCAAGGAAUGUUUUGCCUGUUAUCGUGAAUCUUACCUCGAAGACUGAUAAGGACGUAACGGACAGUCCAAGAAGAGAAUCGUCUUUGGAACGAGAUCGUAAGAUCGAAGAAACGAAUGUAAGAUCACCUAAGAACUUACCGAAACGAGGCAAAAAGGGUGUGGAUUCUCUCUUAGAGAAAUUGGAAGGUGGAAACAAAAAGCUUGGUAGUGCAGAAAAUAUUGGAUCUGUUAUUGUGAUGCCGGUAGAAGAAAAAGACACAUCGAGUGUUAAGAGUAUGUCUCCCGAUCGACAAAAAUCGAAGUCUCCGAACAGAGAAGACGAGGUAGUGUCGCCAGCAUUCAGUAACGAUGAUUCUAAUGAUAAUACCAAGCAGCGCAGGAAAAGAAAACUAGAAAAACCUCUACGAGUUAGUAAAGAUUCGAAGACGGAGGUUGAAGACAUGGAGUUAGAGCCUACAGAACCAACAGAACCCAGAACGAGUGAAUCGGUACCGGAAGAAGCGACAAGUGCAACGUCUGUCGUGAAAUUGGAAGACAAUACAGGUACGACGGAACAGAGAAUACCUGAAAAAGCUGAGGAAAAUGCAGAAGAAAGGUGCGAGGAGAAUCAACCGAUCAGAAGGCGGAGAAGUAGUGAAAGUACGCCAUCUACUUUGGCUCCGGCAAAUCAAAGGGUCAGGAGAAAAUCAAGCGACGACGCGACUGAAUUUUCAAAAGUAACAAGUCCGAAAUCUGUAAAUAAUACGAAUAAUAUGAAUAAUACAAAUCCAUUUAACGAAGUCGAAUCUGAACUCGAAAAGAUGUUUGCCGGUAUCGUCGAGGCAGAGACGGAUGUUAAGAAGGAAGAAUCAAAAUCAGAACUUACGCAGUCUGAACUUCAAGAAGGUAGUACGACGAAGACCGAGAACAUAAACGAUAGUGUGCUGAACACGAGUGAAACGCCAAGUGUAAAUCCAACGGACGUUACAUCUACGGUUGAUACGAAGGUGACUGGGAAGAAGGGAAAGAAAACAAAAGUUCAAAGUGGUAAACGAAAGAUUUCAAGAUCUUCCGAAAAUAUUUUUGGAACAGUUGGUAGUGAUAUACCUCAGAAGGAAAUCAAAAAGAGAAAAGUAUCGAAGAACUCGAAGAAACAAGAAGCUUCAAAGAAGGCGAAAAAGAAUACGAAGAUAGACGGUAUAAAAGAAAUGGCAUACGACUCUGGAUCGAAUGCAAGCUCCAUUAGAUCUCGUGGACCGGUAGUUCAUGUUGAAGGUCCGAGGGACAGUCCGUUAAGCAUUCAGGUUGUUAACGCACCUCGGGAAGAGGAAGAAGAGAAAAGUAAGGAAAAACGAAAGACCAUUGGUAAUGGUACCGCAGGGAGAAGUAAGAGACUCAGUCAUCAAAACGAUUUAGAUUACAGGGGCAAAGUCAGUAGAGCGGGUCUCUUUAGUUCAACAUUAUCGUCACGUUAUGAUGCGCACACGACAGAUUCCACAUGGGUCUGCGUGUUUUGUAAGCAAGGACCUCAUUCUGUUAUACCCGGAGAUCCGUCUCGGCCACACCCUAAUUUAGCUGGCCCGCACAUACCACCUGGAACAUACACUGUCCCGGCUGGUGUUCUCAGCGAUUUAUUUGGACCAUAUUUGAUCGGAAAAGAACGUUUAGAGGAUGGAAUUCUUUCAGCCGAUGAACAAGAAAUUACCACGGAACAGAAAAAGGGUGGUAAAAAUAAGAGAAGUUUGAGGUAUGCCGGAUUAGCCGAUCAAUUCUCCGCUAAAAUGAGUAAAAAGAAAAGGAAUUCGAUGGAAAGUAAUAUUAACUCCAUGUUCACUGGAAUGACCGCGCUUCCCGGAGAAGAACAACGUUGGGAAGUUUGGCUUCACGAGCAAUGCGCUGUUUGGGCAGCUGGAGUAUACAUGGCAGGUGGUAGAGUAACAGGUUUACAAGAAGCUGUAUGGGAUGCAGCGAAGUCGAUAUGUGACUCCUGUGGUUUAACGGGCGCGAAUAUCGGUUGCGUUAAACGAGGUUGUAAGGCCGUUACGCAUUAUCCUUGUGCGCUGACAAAAGGUUGGCACUUGGAUACUAAUCAGUAUAUACCGAAGUGCAACCUCCAUCGAGUUACGUGAAACUUCGCAUUUAACAAUUUUGAGACGUUUUGAAAUUACGCUUUGCAUCUGUUCGAUGCAUAAGUGUGUUUGAGGUGUGAAAGUAUAUAAAUGUCGGAUGUUGUAUAAAAGGACAGGCGUAUGGUAAUUCGCAUACACGAAAUGUAUCAAUAUGCUCGACAGAAAUAUCUUCCAAUGUACAGGAUGUUCGGAACGAGAAUACCGUUGCUGUUUAAGAAUUAACAACGGAACAUGGAAAUUAACGGAAGUGAAGAAACGGAAAUAUUCUUCUCGUUAAUUAAAUUUAAUUAAUUUUCUUGGCCUGU